UUGGUAAGUUGUAAAUUAUAAGUUAUUAUAUGUAUUUAUCUAAAAACUAAGACUUAUAUUACAUUAAAUUCCUAUUUAAAUUUUAGAUUUGGGAAAAGUGGAAAUACAAUUAUAGAUGAUUUUAUUCUUGAAAAAAAAUUAAAAUGGAUUCCUUAUAACAAAUUUAAAAAUGUUGAAUAUCUUAAUGAAGGAGGGUUUGGUACUAUAUACAAAGCUAUUUGGUUAAAGAAUAAUGAAGAAAAAAAAGUAAUUCUUAAAUGUCACAAGAAUAUAAAUGAAAAUUUAAAUGAAUUUUUGAAAGAAUGGGAAUAUCAUAUAUUAUUAAAUUUUAUGGAUUUACAGAAGAUCCAAAUACUUCAAAAAAUAUGGUAGUAUUGGAUUAUGCAAAUAAAGGUAAUUUAAGAGAAAAUUUAACAAGAAUAGUUGAAAAUAAUUGGAAACAAAAAUUAUUUAUGUUGUACCAUAUUAUUUCUGGACUUAGUAAGAUACAUGAAAAAAAUCUUAUUCAUUGUGAUUUUCAUGAUGGUAAUAUUUUAAAUCAUAAUGAUAAAAACGAAGAUAAAAUUUAUAUUAGUGAUUUAGGAUUAUGUCAACCUGUAAAAUCGGUUUUGGAAAAGUAUGAUAUUUAUGGUGUUAUGCCAUUUAUGGCUCCUGAAGUUUUAAGAGGCAAAUCUUAUACUCUAGCUAGUGAUAUAUAUAGCUUUUCAAUGAUUAUGUGGGAGUUUACAUCUGGAGUACCACCAUUUAAUGAUAGAGCACAUGAUAUUCAACUUAGUUUAAGUAUCUGUAAAGGUGAACGUCCUGAAAUUAUUGAAAAUACUCCACAAUGCUAUGUAGAUUUAAUGAAAAAAUGUUGGAACGAAGAUCCAUUAAAAAGGCCAUCUACUUCAGAAGUGGAAAAAGUUAUUAAGAAUUGGAUUUUCCGUCCUUAUAAUAAUGAAGUAAAUGAAGAAUUAAAAAGCAAUAUUAUGGCAUUUAUAAAUGCACCAAUUGGACGUAACAAUCUUGCUACUAAAUCUCAUCCUAAAGUAUGUUAUACAAGUCGCUUAUUUGAUUUUACUAGUAAAAAAUUGAAUGAAAUUCUUGAAGAUUCACAAGCUAAAGCAAAUGAAAUGCUAGUAAGUGAAGAUUUGAAUGAUUAUAUAAUUAAGGAUUUGGGGUCAUUAGGUAUUAAAAUAGAUGAAAAUUAACCAGUCAUUGUUUGUUUUUAAAAAAAUUUAUAGUUUUAUUUAAGUGAUAUUUGAGAUUACACAUUCAAAAGAAAUUGAUCUUUGUUUUAUUCUUUUUAGAUUUAUUUAAACA